CACGCAGCUGCUGGGAAUGGUCUUGUUGCUCGAACGACGUGUCCUCCAUCUUCCUUGCUCUUUGCAGUGCCACCUCAGGCAUUGAUGAAUAGUAGGACGUUAAAGUCCCUCUAUCCAACGUCUGGACCUACGCCACUGACCGCUAUACAAAUGAUAUCUCUGCAUCUGCAUAUCAACCGUCCACAUGGAAGUGAGGAUUCGCCAGACCCCCGCUAUGGACCAUACAUUUCGACCCUACCUAGGGAGUUUAACAGCCAUCCUUUGACCUGGAUUAUGCGAUCAAACAGUGGCAUGGAGUCCGAAGGGGUCCCACUGCUCGGGCACCUCCCGCCGAGUGUGCAUGCAUCCUUGAUUAAGCUGCAUGACCGAUUUUGUCAAGACUGGGCUGCAGUGCGAGCAUACUUGAUUGCGAAUUCGUACAUCUCUUCCAAGUAUGAUGCCUAUUUGGAUGAUAUAGAUGGGUCUGCCAGCAAUUACGUGUGGGCUUGGUUGAACGUCAACACUCGCUGCAUAUACUACCGCCUCAAAGCAUCGAAGGAAGACCCCGAUAAUCUAACACUAUGUCCCAUCCUCGACUUUGCCAACCAUACCCCAAGUGGAUCGCAUAUGACUCCAGUUCCAUCAGAGGCAGAUAUUUGGGACACUGCACCGGUAAAGUUGAUUGGGAAAGGAUUUAGAUUCCUCUCGCCAGUGGAUGCAUCUGUCCAAGAGGGCGAAGAGAUCUUCCUGACUUACGGGGCACAUCCUAACCGCACGCUGUUCAUUGAAUAUGGUUUUGUCAAUAAGUCAUUACUAGGCGAAGCAGAAACUACAGAUGGCGAAGUCGACGUACAAGAUGUCGUGGAAUCCUUGAUACUCGGCCAUAAAUCUGGUGUCUUCGUCAAAAGCGUCCUCGAAGACGAAGGUUAUUGGGGAGACUGGACCCUAUAUUGCUCGACAGAAUCAGCACAGCCGUCAUGGCGCUUGAUAACGGCAUUAAGGCUUCAUCGUCUCGCUGUCUCAAAUAAAACAAUCCACGAUAACGCCAUUCAACCGUGGCGCGAUGUCAUAGCUGGAAAACGGGAGAUUAUAUCUGAUGGAAACGAGAUCGCUUGGAAGCAGUCGUUGACUGCGAUUUGCGAUACUCUUAUCACCAGAGCCCAGGCCAGUCUGCACAGUCUCAAGAGCGACGGUGCCGAGGAGUAUGAUCUGGGCAGUGAGAGGUGGAUUCCCUGGAUGCGCGAGAAUAUGCGGACGCUUUGGAGGGAAGAGCUAUUGGUAGCUGCAGCCGUAAAACAGCGUACUCUAAGAGGGGAUGAUUUUUGACUUGUUUACCCAUAAAAUAAACUUUGAGGUACCAGAGUUGCUGCAGAGAGCCGCUAACAUUGCUUUCAUCCCGAGGAUGCAUUCAUCUAAGGUGGGAGACCAUUCAUCUGGCACCCAGACACUUCGCAUCAUUCAUGGUGUCAGGACGGGCGCAUGGGGGUGAAGAAGACGUCUCGAUGAAAUGCUGGCGAGAAUGUGUCAGUUUUUGACUCUGUCGAUGCGGUUUGCCAGAAGUUCGAUUGCAAU